AGACUCUUCAACGACCUUCCACUUGAUGUCAAGAAUAGCAAAAAUGUGGCAGCUUUCAAGAAAAACCUGAAGACUUAUCUCUUUGGAAAGUGCUAUAAUAGUGAUCAGAAAACUAUUAAGCCUGAAUAUAAAUGCUAGCGAAUACUGAAAAGAUACAGAGCAAAAUAUUAACUGGAAAGAAAUUAUUUUCACACAUCAAGGCCCGCCUGAACACUCUUAGUGUCUGACGGAGGGCGAGAAAUAAACCCCUAAAAAGUAAAAAAGAAAGAAAAAAAAAGUAAAAAAGUACUGUGUGUUGAAAACUUCUUGAAAGGCUAAAUUUAUGCUUGCCACUAUCCAGGUGUGCGUUCAGUAGUAUUAGUACUGUAACCUAAGUAUUAUUUCCUAAUAGCUAGUACUAUAGUCGAUUCAUUUGAGGUAGAUUCUUGCGCCAAUGAGACGUUUGUUUGGCGUCCUCUGAUUGGCUGGUACCGAGAGGUAGGCCGCUCGCUCAGUAUCUCAUUAUUUUCGUCUAUGGCUUAGUAUCGUUAGCUCAGAUCUAGGCAGCCCGCGGGGAAUUCAGUCCAGCAAAGUAUUUGAACUCUGUGGACAGACUUCGCACUCUUCAACUCAGCCUAAGCUUUAAUCAGGUUGUUUCAGAAUAUUGUUUAUGAUUUUAAUAUAUGAAUAUAUUUUCAAAUGAAAGAGAUAUCAGAGACUUAUUUGAGUGAUAUGAAAUAAUAAUCUCGGUGAAGUAAUAAACAGCAAAGAAUUAAGGAAGAUUGACUUCCUUUCAGGCCGAGUCAAGUACUGGUGCAACAUAAUAAAACAUAUUCUUCAUUUUCUCUUCACAUAUUACACUUAUCUAAAAUCUGAAGGCACCAGCGUAUUCAGGGUUAUUUUAUUUUAUGAAACCACAAGUCUUAUUUUAUCUUGAUGGCAUGAAUUAUUAAAAAUCCGAUGAUAAAUAAAAACAGGUAUAAAGAAUCAAAUGUUUCCCUCUCCACUUUUACUCGUAAUUCCUUUGUGUUUUAUCUUGUGCACAGGAUAUUGGUAUGGCAGUCGUAUCCCGAUCGCGGUAGAUAUUGGUACGGCAGUGAACUGUGCAUGCGUCAAUUUCAGACUUCCUGCCGUACAAAUAACGUAGUGUGGUGGGGAUACGGCAGAUUGUGGUCCCGUAUUGCGCUCUUGACUUGCUGUAGGUACGGCAGUUAGCUGUAUCCGUUUACCAGUUUGCUAAUCAUACUGUAUUUAUGUGACCUGAGUUCCGCUUUUAGGCGGGACAGUCCCGCUUUUUUGACAUCUGUCCGUUUUCUUUAAAGUUAGCAAAAUGCCCCCAACCUUUUUUUUGUUUUGCUUUUGUCCCGCUUUUUUGUGCUACAUAACAAAACUAUCCCAAUUUUAAUGGAAUAGUGCUAAAAUAUUGUUUAAUUUUGCCAUUUCGGUAGCUGGUAACUUCUAUCAUCUUCUCCGGCAGCUGCAAUUACUUACGAUUGAUUGGCCGUUUACCAGAGGAGCGACUUUGGUAGUUUCCUUACCACCAUGAAUACAGCAGAGCACGAUUUCUGUGUAUUUCACAUCCUCUUUGAAUCUCCUCUUCGGAGUUCUUUUCAGGGGCGAUUCGAUCUUUCUUGACCUACGUAUAUACAAUUUGGUAUUUCUGUAGAAGCAUUCCGCAUCGUUCGUCCCCGCGAAUACGAAAGCCACCAGGAAUUGGGGCGUCCAAUGGAAUUCGCCGUGUUUAGUACGAGCCCUGGGGGCGUUAAUUACAGUCGUCCGAGUAAAUAUUACUUAAAGUUCUUUUUCAGGAGGUAAAACUGCAUAGAAAAACCGCAACUGCCAUAGUCCAUGCCGCCGCGGAAUAGUAAUGUAGAUCUAUCCACAAUUUGUGAAAGUUUGAGUCUUCAUUUAUGUCUAUGGCUUCUUUCAGCUCGUUAAAGCCUGAAAACAUUUGUUUUUCGGCGGUAACUAAUGUAUUAUUCCGCCAUUCAUGCUGUUCCGUCGCCAAUUUUUCUUGCUGUCAUGAUAUGCCUGAGGCGGUAAACAAGGUUUCGUACAUGCUCAGUUCACUGCCAUACCAAUAUCUACAGCGAUCGGGGUACGGCUGCCGUACCAAUAUCCAGUUCGUUUAUUCUUAUUGGUUUCAGGAAAAGAUGACUUGGUUGUACAAUUAACACAGAAUCCUUUGGUAUGACCAAAAAUUGCCUAUCUUUUGCAAAACGUGGGAUAAAUGAAGAAGUAUAAACAUAUUGCUAGUUUUCUAAGCCACAGGCGAAAAUAUGACACAAUGAGAGAGCAGACUUCCUCCCGAUACCAGCCAAUCAGAGUCCACCUGAAAUGAAAUAACUUAGUAGGUACCUUGUCUGAUAGUUAGAGUACCACAAACUUCAAACUUCUCUAGCAUGUGUGUCUGUUGGUUAGAACCAGUUCAUUACCAGUGAGAUGUGCAGUAACAAGUAUAUAACAGGUUUGUUUUUGAAGCAGCUGCAGGCGAAGAUUUGUUAAUUUUUUUUAAUGCUCAUUGGAAAUACAUUAUGGAGACAAGCACUGGUGAAGGAUGUUUUAUGCAAGAAAAUGAGUUCUAUAGUUUACAAGCUCAUUAUAUAUUAUCAAAUGUUGUUAGACGAGCACUUUAUCAGGUUUUUAGGUGGGGUUGUGCUAAGCAACCUGACACAUCUGUUAAAGAUUAUUUAUUAAGAGAAAAGAAAGUCUCUAAUAUUUUCAUGAAGAAGUGGUUUACUGGACAUCAGAUUAUGCAAAUGACCAAAGAUCCUGAGGGCACCUCAUUUGAUAUUACUCUCCUAUAUCUUUGCAUCAAAUUAGUGUGCCGGAAUGUUGCUGAUGCUAAAGAUCCCACUUGGUCAGAACCUAAUACUCUGGAAUAUACUCUGCAAUACUUGAAAAAUAAACGCAAUGAGUUUGUUCAUGAAGAUCAUGGUCAUUUUUCAAGAGAGGAAUUUUUGGAGUUUGUUGAUGAUAUCAAAAUCAAAAUCGGGAUCCUUUAUGAUCAAGCAAGAAGGAGGUAUGAUGUUCACAAGGAAACGGUGGAAAAGUUGAUUUGUGAAACAAUUAGAGAAAUAGAUUGUAUCUCAGAAAGAGCCAAAAGAACAUCAUUGGAUAAUGAUUCUCAGUGUGAACUUGAAAAUCUAGUGAGAGAACAAGGUAAAUUGGAAGUACAGGAACAUUUAAAAGAAGAAUUCGUAAUUGAUUGUUCUUCUGAAAUACCAGGAUUUUCUAAAACAGUUGAUGUUCAUGAUAUUUUCACACCAAAUAAUCUAGUUUCCAAAAAGAAAUAUUUUAAUCAUUCGGGUACUUUGACAGUUCAAGAUAUCUUGAAUGUGAAAAGUAGUAAUGGUGAAAUUGCAUCUGUUAUUGUUGUUGAGGGAUUAGCAGGUGCAGGGAAGACAACUUUGGCCAAAGUAAUUUUAUCACAUUGGUGCAAGGAAACAGACUUUAUUAGAAAUCUAAAACAGUAUGAUCUUAUCCUCUUCUCAGAGUUUCGCAUCCCAGCUUGCACAGAUAUCAAAGAGUUAUUUCUAAUGCACAUGCCAAAAACAUUUAAGAAAAUGACAGGUGAGAGCCUUGUAAUGGCAAUUAUGAACUUGAAAAUCUUAGUUAUUAUGGAUGGUUUUGAGGAAAUGAACAGUUAUUCACAAACCCUUCUUAUCCACUUCAUACAAAGGCUAAAUAGUCACAAAAUGCAGCUGUUGAUUACAACCAGACCGAAUAGAGAUGAAGCCCUUUUCAAGAUUAUUCCUAAAAACAUUGAAAUAUGCCACCUUGAGAUUGUGGGAGUACCACAAGAUAGGUUGUCUGAAUUUGUACUGAAAUGGCAUAAUAUUAUGAAGAGCAAGGGUUCAAAAGGAAAUGAAGUGAGUAACCUUUGUGCCUUUAUCCAGAAAACGCCUUGGUGUAGUAAACUUAUGACACAUCCUUUGAAUUUGACACUCUUAAUUUUUUUGUGGACACAGGCACCAAGAAGAGUCGAGUUGUUGAAAACCUCAACAAGUUUAUAUAAUGAAAUAGUAAAAUUGAUGACAGAUCGUUUGUUAAAUAGAAUUUAUGAAAGUAAGAGAGCUCACCAAUCCAGUGAAUUAAGGGACCACCUGUCUGAAUGCUUAAAGCUUGUAUUCAGAGAAAAUCUCAAUGCUUUAAGACAUGAAAACUUUGCUGUAAAUAACUCUGACUUAAUUUUUUUAAAGCGUAAGUGCUCACAACUAAAUAUAUCAUAUGAAGGUAUUCUUUCUUCAUUUUUCACCUUAAGUGGAAGGGAAAACAGUAAAAAUGAUGACCAGAAAAAGGUUUUUGGACACAAAGGAUUUUGUGAAUUUUAUGGUGCCCUUGCUCUGUGUGAUCUCUUGAAACGUGGAAGUGAUGAUGAAAUCCUCCAGAGAUUAAUGACAGAUUUUCAUGAAAUUUUGAUAUCAAAUCAACUUCCUAUUGGAGUGACAAAAAAGGAUUAGAG